UUUUGUAAAGAUCGAAAUGAAAAGGAAAUAAUAAUAUUUACAUUCUUUACGCAUGCGUGAAUUCUGUAAACAUUAAAAUGGCUGCAGUUGAGGAAGUAGUCUACCAUGGAACUUGGAAGAUAACAGAAUGUGUCACUGUAGCUGGUGUUGUUGAAAUAACUGGAAUUGAAGGAACUGAAUUUAUAUUGGAUGAAAACGGUGAUGUCUCCUGGCAAGUUCCAGAUGAAGCAGAACCUCUUCCUUUCUUUAACUGUGAAACGUAUGAGAUCUGUCCAGCUGCAGGGGUGGAGCCGGCUCUUUUGAAAUUUAUCGGAACAUAUGCUGGACAUGUUGUUGAGUUUAAGGUGAACAUUUCGGAUGACCUCAUGCUGCUGACCUAUGAAAAAUGUUGUAUCUUACAGUGUCAGAAGGUUUCAUCAGGUCCAAGAAAAGAGGAUAAACCUUAUUCUUUCUUAAAUGCCCUUGAACAUGGUUAUUUUUCUGACGUCAUUCUGCGGGCUGACACUGGAAAAGAGUUCAAAGCACAUUCGAUAAUCUUGAAGUUAAGUGCUCCCGAGUUGGACUGGACUGCCAUAAUAACACCACUGACUGGACUGCCAGAAGAUGUUUUACAAACAACACUACACUAUCUCUACGCAGAGUGUUUGCCACAGGGACUGUCAGAGACAACUGCCCAAAAGUGUAUCAAAAUGGUUGGAAAGAUGCCAGGUUUUGUCAAGUUUGGACAGUUGUGUGAAACGUUUUUAAAAAACACAGCUCUUACACAGCAAAUGAAAACACUGGUAUCGGACAUCCACGCCUGUGCUGAUCGCAUCAAUGAUAUAUUUGGCGGCACCGCAGGAGAGGAAGGUCAUGAGACUGUAACACUAGAAGGAACAAUGUGGUCCAACCCAGCUAAACUAUGUUACAGUUUUAGGCAAGCGCUAAGGGAAGAGGCUAUAGCCUGCGCCAAAUUGAUUAUUAUGUGUGAUUUGUUCUCGAAGAGAAAGUAUGAAUUGUCUAGAGAAGAAAGAUAUGAACUUAUGAAAUAUGUGAAAUCCAGAAUUCCUAUUUUUAUGAAACAACUUCUAACUUUGCUCACCACCAUUAAAGUUCAUCUCCAAGCUCUGACUCAGAACCAGAGAACAGACAUAGCUGCGUACCUGGUGCCAGAGAUGGAGACUAUUCUAGAUACAAUGUCUAGAUUUGCCAAUGAAACAAAAGUUGCUUUGGAGCAGGCCAUCUCCACCAGCGCUAACAAUGAUAAGGGUGGGGCUGAAAAGGGAGCUAAGCCAGACAAACCUAAGAAAGGCGGAAUAGGGGAUGCCCUUGGUCGAACUCUAAAACAUGCUUUGCAUUUAAAAGAAUUGAAGAAAUUGCGUCACUUUCAUGACAGAACCUCAUCUAGUUUUCUACAUCUACGUCAGAAAAGAGAUAACUUCAACAUGAAAAGUCAACCUGACAAAGUGAGAUCAGUGUCACAGUCUUUAAUUCAUUUGGUAGACGAGUUUCCUUCUUUUGUGAUCCGAUUGAAAGAAAUUAUUUUUGCUCUAGAUGAGAAAGUCACAUGGAAGGAGUGGAAAUAUCUCUUUAAAAUGGCCACCUCCAGAGUGUCAUGGGGGCUGGCCAAGGUUCAGUUAAAUAGGUCAGCUCUCCAGCCCAUGAUUGAUGAAAUGUGUGAUAUUGUCCGCAGCGAACAAUUUGUUGCCUCCCUUGUUACAUUGGGUCUAAAAUCUCCGUCUGACAACACCCAACAGUCUACUUCUUCAAAGGAUAUAUCAGCUAGUUCUAACAACAAGACAUCAAAAUAUGCACAGUUGAACUGCAUCGAGUCUCUUUGUGUUUCCCCAACUGCUGGACACAGUCUCACAGCCAAACGAGCUUUGGAUUUGUUUCGUCAGGGCUAUAACACAGACAUGAUUUUUGAAGUGGUCAAUUUACAAGAAGGUGGGGACAUCAUCAUUGACCACACGGCGAACUAUAUAGAAGAUGGCGCUGGUGCUGAGUCUGAGAGAUGUUCAGGAGAUGUAAUGAGAAGAAGUUCUGAGGACUCGUUGAAGGAAGUUUAUGAGAUCAGGGCACACAGGGUCAUAGUAGCGGCACAUUGUGAUUGGUUUCGGAGGGCUUUACUUAGUGGAAUGAAAGAAGCUAUUGACAGAAAAAUUGUUGUUCAUGAUAUGCAACCAGAAAUAUUCACAAGAUUUUUAGAAGCUCUGUAUUCAUCGCAUUUGGACACAAGUGGAUUGACCACAGAACAACUAGCAGAUCUAAUGACCCUGUGUGAUAGAUAUGAGAUGGACAAUUUGAAACACCUAUGUGAACAUGAAUUAAAACAACAUUUGAAUGAAGAUAAUGCACUGUGCCUUCUGAACCUUGCUGAUCAUCUCAACACCAGACAUUUGAGAGACUCUGCCUUGAAUUAUGUCAUAACACAUGAAGAAAUCAGAAAGAGUGAAAUCUUUGACGACUUGCCUGACUACCUGAAGGAGGAGUUGGAGGAAGCCAUCAUAUGGCAAGGGUUGGAGCCUAAAAGGACAACAGCCAGGGGCCACAACUUAGGGACACCCAGUUCAACAUCGAGCAUGAGCGAAGUGGAUGAGUUGGUAGCUAAUAUUGAUAGGGGUUUGGACUUGUCCACCUCCAGUUCAUCUGAAGACUUACCUUUUGUUGAGGAUGCUUCCAGGCUUGAGUCGUGCAUCCAAGACCUGAUGGUGAUAUUAGGGGACAGCACCCCUCGGGAAGAACUGACCCGAAUAGCCUUAGCAGCUGACUAUGAUAUCAACAGAGCUCUCAAUUUCUUUUUCGCCUCGUGAUAUUGGCCAAUGUUUUCCUAUUCUUUGUAGCUCACUCCCCCUUGCACUUUGUGCCAUAGGACUUGUGAUAUCUUUUUUUCUUUCUUUGAAACAAACAAUUUUAUUUUCAGCACAUUCUGUGGAUUGAAAUGAUUUGGACUUCAAACAAUUUUAUUUUCAGCACAUUCUGUGGAUUGAAAUGAUUUGGACUUCAAACAAUUUUAUUUUCAGCACAUUCUGUCGAUUGAAAUGAUUUGGACUUCAAAACAAUUUCACAUUGAAAUGAUGCACUUUUAUUUAUUACCCGACCCAGAUAUUAUGUGCAUGCAACAUUCAAGUUCUCUCUCGACUGUUUUCAUGUCUGAACAUUACUAACUACAAACUUGUAGCUUCAUUUCUUAACUGUGUCUGGCACCAGCAGCUCAGUCUGUGUUGAGUUAAAGAAUAAACUCUUAUCAAUAACAAUUUAACUCACUGACCUCCCCCCUUUCUUUUAUUAUUUUUUUUUUAGAUAAAACUUAAAGCUUAUAAUUUUAAGCGACUAUUAAUGAUUACAAACUAUAUUGACAUAAAUCACUUGUAGAAACAAGUUUCUAUUGUUAUAAAGUAAUUUGCUAUUUACAAAGUGUUUAUUGUUUUUGUUCCUGUUGAAUUGGAUCUUAUCUACACUCACUGUCAUGUAAUUUCAUUUAAAACUACUAGGACAUUCUUUUUUUUUUAUACCUAUUUAUGUUGACUGGCCCAAUUUGUCUAGAAGAACAAGAAGUCUUUCUGGACUAUAUACAAUGUUUGUUAUUGAUGUUAAUAAAACUAACAUUGUGGGUUGCUGCCGCAGUACAAGUGUAGGAAGUCAACAUCUCUAUUCACAUAUCAGAUUUUAUGUUGAGUUUGUAUAAACAUUUGAAACUGUUUUUGUUUCAGAACUUUUGACAUUGGAAUCUUCUAGACUAAAACAUUUGUGUUUUGUUAUUUAAUUUUGUUUUGUUUUAACUUGGCAAAGUGUUUUGGAAUUAAUUUUGUUAACUUCAAGAAAAAUGUGUUUAGUUGCUAGUUGAACAAGCUGGAAAUCUGACAUCCUGUUUCCAUAUCACUUAGCAAUCUUUUUUUUUUUUUUGUCUUUCAUUAGCUGUCCACCAGCUUUUAGGUUAAAGGUUAUGCUGGAUCAGUAUAAUUGCGUGUGUUCAACUCCAGUGACCAAAUGUCAAUUUUAAGUUCUGUGGUAGGGUGUGUUGGGGGAGGUGGUCUUUAAAAAAACUUAUUUUUAGUUUAACUAAUUGACUAGGUCAAUAAGGGCUCAAAGAACAAGGUGCUACUUUCUAUUUUUUGUUCAGGUGUCCUGGGUAGACCAUGAGUCUAUGUUGAAGUGUUGUAUGUUGUGUAUUCAGAACCCAACUUCUAGUCUUUGAACUCCCCAGUCCCUCAACCUUACACCCAGGAACAGUUUCAGCUCAUUGUGUAUUUUGUUUAGGUCAGUGCCUAGCAAAGUGUUGUUUUUUUUUUUUAAACUUUACCUCUUCUAAGUCUUCUGUGCUGGAGGGUGAAGAUGUAUUUACAACACAUGGAAUACUAAACAUUUUUUGCAUAUCAUUAUAAUAAUCAUAACCUUUGACCUGUAUGAGUGCUGUGAUGUAAUUAGAUGAUAUUUAAUUGUUGGAAGACUUGUAUUACAUUUUGACAUUGGAGAGACACAGCAGAGAAGCUACUGAGACACAAAGCUAGUCUUCAGACACAGGCAUUUCGGAGACAAAGACAUUUUGGAGAUACACAUUUAAAAAAACAUUGUAUUGAGACAUAAAGACAUGAUAGAAACACUUACAGAGACAUUGUUAAGACACACACAGACAUUUGGAAAAGAAAUAGACACACAUUGAUAUAGUGGAGACAAUACAUGGACUGUAGUCAAACAUGGACAUUGUUGAGAGACAGAAUACAUUGUAAUGGCAUAUUUUAAACAUUAGGUCACACAUUGACACUGUGAAGACAUAGUUUAAACAUUAGGUCACACAUUGACACUGUGAAGACAUAGUUUAAACAGUAGGUCACACAUUGACACUGUGAAGACAUAGUUUAAACAUUAGGUCACACAUUGACACUGUGAAGACAUAGUUUAAACAGUAGGCCACACAUUGACACUGUGAAGACAUAGUUUAAACAGUAGGUCACACAUUGACACUGUGAAGACAUAUUUUAAACAUUAGGGCACACCUUGAAACAGUGAAGACAUUUUAAACAGUAGGUCACACAUUGACACUGUGAAGACAUAUUUUAAACAUUAGGUCACACAUUGACACUGUGAAGACAUAUUUUAAACAUUAGGUCACACAUUGACACUGUGAAGACAUAUUUUAAACAGUAGGUCACACAUUGACACUGUGAAGACAUAUUUUAAACAGUAGGUCACACAUUGACAUUGUGAAGACAUAUUUUAAACAUUAGGUCACACAUUGACACUGUGAAGACAUAUUUUAAACAUUAGGUCACACAUUGACACUGUGAAGACAUUUUAAACAGUAGGUCACACAUUGACACUGUGAAGACAUAUUUUAAACAGUAGGUCACACAUUGACACUGUGAAGACAUAUUUUAAACAGUAGGUCACACAUUGACACUGUGAAGACAUAUUUUAAACAUUAGGUCACACAUUGACAUUUGUAAGUAGUCUGUGGUUGUCAAGAAAAGAAUGGGCAAGGUAUCAUUACAGAGAUGUUCUACAAUUUAUGUUUGGGUUUUAUAUCUCUAGUAAAACUGUGUUGGGAAAGGUGUUACAAUCUGUUGUGAAACUGUGUGUUUGAUUUACAUGUACAUCAACAUUAGGGGAUCUAGUGAAAUAAUCCAUACAAUUAUUUUGUAAGCUUCCUAACAUAUCAACUAAAAUUUGAAUUCAAAAUGUUUUUGAGUCAUAAGGCCAAUGUCUAGCCUUUUAAGUGAGAUUGAAUGCUGCCAAACAAAGUUGUUUACAUUUUUUAAUGCAACCUAGCAGCCAAUGUGAACAUGUUUUUAAGUGUAACUGGGGGGGGGGGGGUAUUUAAUCUUCACCAAUUUUAAUUUCAAACUGUAUUAGUUUAGAUUUUAUUUAGGCAGGUAUGUAACCUUCUAAUGACUAGUUUGUCUUUGAUAUACAGGUGUGUGUCUAUUUAACACAAUUGAUAUUUAACAAUCUGUUGAUAACUGAACAGAGAGAUCUGGGCUAGUUAGCCUAGCACCUAGUGCUGGUCUUGUUGAGUGACCAUCAUUAGACUGACCAGUUGAAAUAAAGAAAAGAUUUCUUGAAAACA